UGAAACUAUUUUUUUUUUGUUGAUCUAAUGGAAUUUUUCGUUACGUGCUAAUUAAAAUAGAUUUUUUUAGCUAUAUGUAAUAUUAAGAUCGAUGAGUUGAAGAAAUUGAACAAACAUGGCCGAAUAAUUGCUCAUUUCUCAAUUUUACCUAUAGAUGAAACCAAAUUUUAUGGUCUCUGAACAAACAACAUCAACUCGUCGUUCUUCAACGACAUUAACGCCUUCACAAGUUCUACCGAAACAUAUGAGAUGUCCACGAGGAAGUGUUCCUAUUAGAAGGAUCCAAGAGGAAGAUCUUGCAAUGCAGAAAUUCUCACCAUUGUUCGGAAUGAAAUUUUCGACUACCAAUUUCACCAAGUCUGUCUCCCUUAACGCUAAUGAUUUGCUUCCUGGACACCAAAUUGCAACUCUUGUAGUAGCCACCAAAAACUUAGGAGCAAAUGGAGUAAUUAACGUGUGGAAUCCUGAGGUUACACAGGAUCAACUAACAGUUGCUUCGGUUUUUGUUGCUAGUGAUGAUGUUUCCGGUGUUAACGGUGUAUCAGCCGGCUGGGUGGUAAAUAUAUAUAUACUCCUUACUUGUUUGGUCAAUCACUUUUAAUAUCUCACGAUAAGUUAUUGUAAUUUCGUCUCACUUCAAGAGUUUUUAUGGUUUUUUUUCCCUAAUCUUUGUCUCAACUUAAACAUUUCAGGUGAAUCCUAGUGUAUUUGGCCAAAAUAAUACUCGGUUUUAUGCGUACUGGACCGUAAGUAUUCCAAUCGAGGGUACCCCAAUUUCUCGUGGUG